CAUGUCUUAAUAAUUACUAUACUAUCUCUGACUUUGGUUCUGAUCACUGGGGCUUUGGCCUUGCCAGCUGAUCGAAUCGAAACGGAUCCGGAACUGACAGCAGGUUAUGUGGAGGGUGAUAUGGUGCCCAAUGGCUCCCAAAGGAAUCUUUGGCGAAAUGAAACCUAUCGAUGGCCCAAUCGGAUUGUUUACUAUCAUAUCAAUAGCUAUAUAGAUACCGAACAUCGUAACCAAAUUGUUAAGGCCAUUCACAAGAUCGAGUCCGUUUCAUGUUUGACCUUCAAGGAGGCCACCACCGACCAGGAGUAUUAUGUGAAUGUUACCUCCGAAGAGGGUGGCUGCUUUUCCUACAUUGGCUACCUAAAUCGAGUCCAACAACUGAAUUUGCAGAAUUAUGAAAUCGAAGUUGGCUGCUUCCGACUCUACACAAUUGUCCAUGAGUUCUUACACGCCCUGGGCUUUUUCCAUCAGCAAAGUGCCGCCAAUCGAGAUGAUUAUGUGGAAAUUGUGGAGGAGAAUAUUACCGAGGGCAUGGAGUUUAAUUUUGAUAAAUAUACCGAGGCAACGGUCAAUGACUUUGGAGAGAAAUACGAUUACGACAGCGUUAUGCACUAUGGUCCUUAUGCAUUUUCCAAGAACGGUGAAAGGACCAUAGUAGCUUUUGAGGAGGGCAAGGAAGAUGCCAUAGGACAGAGACUCCAGCUAAGUGAAACGGAUAUCAGGAAACUAAAUGCCAUGUACAAUUGCCCCACUGUUUAGGGGAAUACUCUUUCUUUCUUUCCUCAACUUAAUGAUGAUAAAUUUCACCUUGAUAUUGCCACCUCA